UAUACACAUCUAGACGAAAAGAACACUAUGUAAAAUAAAACAAGAAAAAAGAAAAUCAAAGAAAUUACGAAAGUUCUCUUUUCUCUCUUAUAUAUAUAUAUCUAUGGCAUGAGCCUAUGCUCUUUCAAUAAACAAAACCACUAAUAAUUAAUGGAUGAUUUCGCAUUCAUAUUCGCAAUCUCUUGCGCUAUUAUAGCAUUAAUAUAUGCUUGCAAGUUCUUGAAUUGGAUAUGGAUUAGGCCAAAGAAGCUGGAGAAAUUCCUGAGGCAGCAGGGUUUCAAUGGAAAUUCUUACAAACUUUUCCAUGGAGACUCGACAGAGAUGAAGGCGGCUACGAAAGAAGCCAUGUCCAAACCCAUCAACUUCUCCGACGAUAUUUUGCCUAGAGUCACUCCCAUCUACCACAAAGCCCUACACAAAUACGGUGAGAAAUGCUUUGUGUGGGUUGGGCCAAGACCUACAUUAGUAAUCUUGGAUCCUGAAAUAAUACGUGAGAUGUUGUUGAAGAAUUAUGAUUUUCACAAGCCUCCUGGUUCACCAUUUGAUAGACAGAUAGCAAAUGGACUGUCAUCGCUCGAGGCAGACAAAUGGGCCAAGCACAGAAAGCUCCUCAAUCCGGCAUUCCAUCUCGACAAAUUGAAGCAUAUGGUUCCAUCAUUCUACUUGAGCUGUGGUGAAAUGUUGAGCAAAUGGGAUGAGAUUGUGGGAAAUGAAGGGUGUUGUGAGGUGGAUGUGUGGCCUCAUCUUUUGACAAUGACGAGUGAUGUGAUUUCAAGAACUGCGUUUGGGAGUAGCUUCGAAGAAGGAAGAAAGAUAUCACAACUCCAAAAAAAACAAGCGCAGCGUGUCAUGGAAGAAAAUAGCUCUGUUAAUAUCCCAGGAUAUAGGUUUUUGCCCACAAAAGCUAAUAGGAAGACGAGACAGACAACGAAGGAAAUCGAAUCAUUAGUGAUGGGAAUCAUCAACAAAAGAAUGAAAGCAACGGAAGGCAGCGCAGAUGACUUAUUGGGAUUACUGUUGGAAUCCAAUUUGAAGGAGAUGAGACAUCUAGGAAAUGAAUCCGGCAUGAGCAUCAAGGAAGUGAUCGAAGAGUGCAAAAUCUUCUACUUCGCCGGCCACGAGACCGUAGCUUCUCUGCUGGUUUGGACAAUGAUCCUUUUAAGCAAGCACGACGACUGGCAAGCUCGUGCAAGAGACGAGGUUCUGCAACUUUUCGGGAGAGGCAAACCGGACUAUCAAAAACUAAACCACCUCAAAAUCGUUAGCAUGAUCUUUCAAGAGGUGCUAAGGCUGUAUCCGCCGGCGGCGGUGCUAGAUCGUUUUGUCGAAAAGGAAAUGACGGUCGGGAAGAAGGUGAGGCUGCCGGCGGGGGUCAAGAUUGCGCUCCCCGUGAUUCUGUCCCAUCAGGACUGCAAAAUAUGGGGCGACGAUGCGAGGGAAUUCAAGCCGGAGAGGUUCGGCGACGGCGUGUCGAAGGCGGGGGCGGGGUGGGGCCCCCAGCCCGCCUAUAUUCCCUUCGGGUGGGGGCCGAGGAUAUGCAUCGGCCAGAACUUUGCUAUGUUGGAAGCUAAAAUCGCGAUGGCUAUGAUUCUGCAGCGCUAUUCGUUUCAGCUUUCGCCGUCGUAUUCGCACGCACCUCGCAGCGUCAUCACUCUCCAACCUCAACAUGGCGCCCACUUGAUUCUUACAAAACUUUAACGACCUUAAUAUAGAUCGUUUAUCUUGUAUUAAUCGUGUAAAAUAAAUAUAUCUCCCACAUGUUUGGACAUCAAAUAUUAGUUGGGAUCUUCUAUUGUACUUUUUGGUGUCUCAUCCUUGUUUUUAAUUUGAUUUUUGCUAUUUUUCUUCAA